UAUACUGGAAACUAACGGACCGAUUUGAACUUGGAUGUCUUGGGAGUCUUCUUGACGUGUUUCAUUGCAAGUAAGUUGUAUUCAGUGCUCAUUCUUUGUAGUUCACAUUGCACACCAUUUGAAUGUUAUCGACGUUUAUAUGUGUUUUCAAUGUUUAUUGUGUAUCGUUGCCGCUGAACAGAGACAGCGAGGCGGGCUAACGUUAAGUUAGCGGAGCUAAAAGCUAUUGCGACAUGGAAGAAUUGGAUGAUGUCGCAGUGUCGAUUUUAAGGGCUGCAAACAUCACAGAGACAAUGAUGAGCACUCUGUCUCGUGAAGACUUGCGAGAUCUUUUCCCAGGCCCAGAGAACUUUAUACGGAGAAAAGCGGUCUGGCGUGCCUGUCAUGGUGCCUCAGAAGAGGAGUCUGGCCAAGAACACUCAAAAUUAUCGGGCAUUUCCUCCUUUAAUGCUUCACCCAUGCAACAGACAUCCACUCCUGUGAAAGCAAGUCCUGCAAAGUACACAACCCCUGAAAAGGUUGUGAAGUUAUCCUUUCCAGAAUAUGUAUUGCACACCGACACAGAACUUGAGCAAGUCCGACAACAGUACUUUGAGUUGUCGAAGAGAGGCGAACAGCGCGACUGCCAAAUGUCAAAGGAGCUCAGAUGCCGGCUCAUUCGAAACACCAUGACCAGUAUGAUUGCGAUCCUGAGGGCAAAGGGGGAUAGAGAAUCACACAGAUACCCAUCAAAGCCAGAAAUCACAGCAAUGGCAAAGAGAAUAGUACUGUACUACCCCAUGCUGCAGGACCAAGGCCUCCAUACAUGGUUCACUGUGUACAGACAGCUUUACAAAAGAUUGCAAAAUGUGAGAUCCCCCCAAAAAACAAAUCCAGAUGGGAGACAUUCAAAGAGCUCUACAAAGAGGCGCUGUCUUGAGCAGUCAACAGACACGGAUGAAAUGGGUUCAAGUGACUCCACAAUCAUUCUAGAUCUGUCCACAGAAGAAAGUGGUAGCCCACGCUCAGACGGUAAAGAAAGUGAGUUAGAAGGAAAAAGAAGAUCCCAAAGCCUACCUGAAGAAGCACCCUCUACCCUGUCCAGUCCUGAUGCUAACAAGUCUGCAGAUGUUGACAGUCCAGACACCAGUUCAGCAACCUUGGCCAAGCAUUACAAGACCCUACAUUCUAUGUAUAAAAGAAAAAAUCCAAAUCACCAGGAUGUCUCUCAUCUCUUGGAUUUGGAAUUUGUAGCCAGAAGAGCAUUCAUUGAUUCAAAUACCGUUCGCGAGGAGAACAGACAUGAGAAGGUUCUAGAAGCAUAUCCUUGUUUCAAGGACGUUGGACAUGUGAUGGAGGAGCUUAAACGCAUUUUGGAUGCGGAAAAUACCAACUUCAUCAAUGAACUAAAGGGAAGAUGGCAUGACUUCUGCCAGAAGGUGCAGUUUUUCGGUGUAUGGAAAAAGGUGUUGAAACCCCCAAUGGGAAUGGACAAAGCUGAACAGGCUCUUGAGAUCCUACGUGUGCUGCCAUCACUGUUCCCCUCCACCUCAGCUCCUCCAAAGAGGGUACGAGAUGCGAGUGAGGCUCUGGUGCAUGUCCUCGAGGAAGGAGAAGAUCCCAAUUCCUACUUGAAGAAACGCCCUCUCUCCUGUCCAGUCCUGAUUGUCGGUCCGUCCAACUUCCUCCUAGCGGUGGGAGAUGUGGCAAUAACCACCUUUCCAAAAGACAAGCUUACCGAGAGUGCUUUAUACCUUAUGGCCUACUAUUAUAGCCUACACCUGACUUAUCCAAAGUGUGUAGCCACUCUGCUUUCAGUCAUACAGACGGAGGUCCUCUUAGACAUAAUGCAUGAGAGAGAUCUCACAUCGUCUUACAAGAAGAGCAUGGCAGAGUGGAAAGCUUUUAUUGGCCAAUAAAACCAGUGGUCAGAUAUGGUGUUAGGAUAGCACUUCCUCUCUCCCUCCAAAGGUAUUGCAGUUCAAUGUUCUAUUGAUUCUUGGUUGGAAUUUGUCUAAGUUAGCCCAGUGUUAAUUUGGGGUGCACGACAAUAUUAGCCAACAUGCCGUUAUAUUGUGUGUGUGUUUGCACUUUUCAAAAUUUCACACACUUCAGUUUAAAUAACUAAUUGUCUGUUCAGCAGAUGCAGUCACUAAUUUAGUAUGGUCCAUCCUUAAAGGAUAAUUCUGGUGAAAAAUUAACCUGGGGUAAUUAACACAUGGUUACUGAGUCAAUCGUUCCCUGGAAUGCGUUUUCAUGAUAUUCGAAUGUAAAGAGUUUUAUCUCUAAAAACAGAUUAGCUUAUAACACUAGUAUAUGGGGCAUAGUGUAAGUAAAAGUAAAUCGCUAGUUAAUACCACUAACAAGGCUCAAAAUAGCCUCACACUAACACGGUAGCAUAAUGAGGGUCCCUACAUGCAAACCGAAGCAUUGAGAACUUUGUAAGUGUACAAACAGUUUAAUAAGAAGAUACUUUAUAAAGACAGUACAUUACGCGUUUACAGAGAUGAUCCAUCUUGGAAAACAGUCUCGACUAGUCGAGCCACGAACGCCGUGACUCGAUUAGUCAAGACUGUUUUCCAAGAUGGUU